AUCUAUGUUUUUUUUUUAUGUUUAUUGUUUUGACGCAACCUUUAUAUUACCUGACGUGUUCACUACCGCUCGAUCGACAGGUAUAAAUCGGGUGUUUGAUGUAGAGUAGGAGAAUUAUUUUAUUCGAAUUAUUGUGAUUGUGAGUGUGUAGAUGUUCUACGCUUUUAUUUAUUCUACGUGUGCUAUAUAUACAAUUUUUCCAUAAUUGACCCCAUGUUAUUGUGUCGAGUCGUUUAAUAACAAUUACAGAUUAAAACUGGUGAUGGGAGAGAAAAAUUGGAAAGAUUGGAGACCUUUUGUAUAUGGAGGUUUAGCUUCCAUUGUUGCGGAACUUUGUACUUUUCCUUUAGACACGACUAAAACACGCUUGCAAGUACAAGGUCAAAAGUAUGAUCGAAAACUUGCACGUUUAAGAUAUUCUGGUAUGACGGAUGCUUUGUUACAAAUAUCGAAACAAGAAGGAAUGAAAGGUUUAUAUUCUGGGAUUAGUUCUGCGAUCUUACGUCAAGCGACAUAUGGAACGAUAAAGUUUGGCACAUAUUAUUCUCUUAAGAAAGCUGUGAUUGAUACGUGGGCGAUAGAUGACUUAUUCACGAUAAAUAUUGUUUGCGCAGCGUUAGCUGGAGCUAUUUCAAGUGCGAUAGCCAAUCCUACUGAUGUGGUAAAAGUUCGUAUGCAAGUCACUGGCAACGUUACGAACGUAUCACUGUUUACUUGCUUCCAAGAUGUAUAUAAACAUGAAGGUAUUCGUGGGCUUUGGAGGGGUGUUGGGCCUACCGCUCAACGAGCGGCCGUUAUCGCGGCUGUAGAGUUGCCUAUAUAUGAUUAUACCAAGAAUAAAUGUAUGAGUAUAUUGGGAAACAGCAUUAGUAAUCAUUUCGUAUCGAGUUUUGCAGCUAGUAUGGGAAGUGCUGUAGCUUCAACGCCUAUAGAUGUUAUUCGCACACGAUUGAUGAAUCAAAGAGGAGUGCACGUCGCUAACAAUAAGCUUUCGUCACAUAUUUACAAUGGCAGUAUAGAUUGCUUGGUUCAGACGAUUAAAUAUGAAGGAGUUUUAGCACUGUACAAAGGUUUCAUCCCGACGUGGUUUAGAAUGGGACCAUGGAAUAUUAUAUUUUUCAUUACUUACGAGCAAUUGAAACGUUUUUGAUGUAUCAUCAAAUAUUGAAAAAUCGAAAUAUUCGAUUUUUCUCAUCAAACUAAGAUUUGGAAGAGCUUAAUGUAAACGUCAUUGUGCAUACAACGUUUACUAUCUCAGUUGUAAUCUCAUUGUCAGUCGUAAUUUGUUGUCAGUUAUAAUUCCUUAAGCGUGAAAGUAAUGUAUUAAUUAGGUACUUUAAUGCGAGUAUAAAAUAAGUAUUACAUAUACUUAUAUAAAGUACACAAACAAAUUAGAAUAUCUUUCAACCUCUUCCGUUGAUAUAAUAUUAUACUUAAUGUAAUUUUGUAGAGAGAAACGGAUAUAUGAAAAAGAAAGUAAUUGAAAAAGUUCAAGAGCUUCCUAAAGUACAAACUUCCAAAAAUCUAUCUCUUAGUUAAAUUAUUAUGCAAAAGACACCUUUAUAGAAUUUAUUACAAAGCUCAUUUUCUCGGUGUUACUUACAAGUAGAGUUAGUCUGAUUCCAUCUCGAAAUUUUUAUACAAGGUGUUUCAGGACUCGUGAAACAAAUUUCAGGAUGAUGAUAGGUCUCGCUAAAAGAAUCAAUUUUUAUUAAAAAACUCGUAUCCUUCGACGCGUCUUUAAGGAGCUACAUGAUGUCCCUGUUUAAACCGCCUGUGAAAUAGACAACGGGUCGCGCGACAGCAUUGCGUGUGACAUCGACAAUGUUAAUCUAUAUCCUUUAAUUUUUACUUUUUUUUAAUUCUUUUAAAAAGAAGUGGAUUAGUAUUGUCAGACGUAAUGCUAUCGCGCGAUCUACCUCACAGGUGGUCCGAACAGGGAUGCGUACCUCCUUAAGAACGCGUCGGAGGACAUAAGUUUCUGGAAAAAAUUGAUUCUUUUGGUGAAAUUUACCAUGCCCUGAAAUUUGUCCUAUGAUUCCUGAAUGAAUUCUAAAACAUCCUGUACAUCGUAAAAUCGAUUCUGUGUAACAAGUUCUUAUUAAGAGUAUCGAUUAAUAUUAAUAAUCCAAGUAUGUUAAAAUACUGCGUAUAGAGACAAAAGUUUAAGAUUUCGGAUUUACCGCAAUGGUUUUGUACAAUACUAGUCAUUUAGUUAUCCGUCGUGAAUAUACUGUUGAAUCAUUUUACUUUCAGUAUUUUUACAUAGCAUUUAUUGUCAUAUUUCUGGUACAUAUACUAGUCAUUUUAAGAGAUUCUUAUAAAAUCAAUAUAUUAAACGUGAUCUAU